AAUUGGCAAACAUAGACAUAGUGGGUAAUUAAUAUUAUAUGUAUUAUUUUAUUUAGCUAGUGGUAGAAGGGCAGAUUCCCUUAUCCCCAAAAUACAUUUACUUUGUCACUGGAAAACCGGAAGUACCGUUGCUGUACUUUUGCAUGCUUGACACUGCUAAAAGCAGACCAGAAGGUGGUCGAAAGAAAGCAAGGAUGUGGAGAAGAGAAAGGCAUUAAAGAGAGAGAGAGAGAGAGAGAGAGAGAGAGAGAGCGAGACAAAGCUGAGUGAAACGCGUCCGGGUCGCUUCUGUCUUCUGAAACCCGGUUCCAGCGACGCCUUCAGCGUCACGCGGCCCCCUGCGCACCACCCGCGGCUCCGCAUCCGCAGCUGCUCCGGGGAGGAAACCAUCCGCAUCAUCGCCAGACCCAGAUUUUCAGCAUCGUCCUGUGAGAUAAAGUGACCCGGUUUUGAACCCAUCUUUCUCUGGUGAUGAUGGAGAGCUUCCUGUGUCUGCUGGUUCUCAGCUCAGCAGCCCUAAAGGAGGCUGUUGGUGGAGACGUGUGUGUGUCGGGUCAUGACAGCGGGCCUCUGUUUGAAGAACAGCCCAGCAGUUUAAUCUACCCAGAAGGCCUGAGUGAAGGCAAGGUGACCCUCAGCUGUCAGGCCAGAGCGAGCCCUGCUGCAUCCUACAGAUGGCUCCUGAACGGCACAGAGGUCCCGCUGGGUUUGGACCUGCGCUACACCCUGGUUGCUGGCAACCUGGUGAUCAGCAGCCCCGAGUCCAUCCGAGACACAGGAUCCUAUCAGUGUCUGGCCGUUAACCGAUGUGGCACCAUCAUCAGCCGAGCAGCUAACCUCAAAUUUGGCUACCUCAAUGACUUUCCUCCAGACAGCAGGAGUCCUCAGACAGCAUAUGAGGGAGUUGGAGCUUUCCUGGCCUGCCAGCCCCCGACACAUUACCCAGCUCUGUCGUACCGCUGGUUGAUCAACGACUUCCCAAACUUCAUCAAGAAGGACGACCACCGCUGGUUUGUGUCGCAGGUCACAGGAAACUUGUACAUGGCUAAAGCCGAGCCAAACGACACCGGAAACUACUUCUGCUUCACCACCAUCAACAUGGACAUCAGCACCAAGAGCACAUUCAGCAAGGCCAACCAGCUCACCGUGCUGCCGGACGCUAAUCCCAGGAAAUCCGCUCCGAGCAUCAAAGUGCGCUUCCCGGCAGAGACCUACACGCUAGCAGGACACGCUGCCCACUUAGAGUGCUUCGCCUAUGGAAAUCCAGUCCCAAAACUUCGAUGGAGGAAAGUGGACGGCUUGAUGCCCUCCAAGGCGGGCUCCAGUGCCGAGACCCCCAUCCUCAUCCUGCCAGACCUCUCCUUCGAUGAUGAGGGUCUUUACGAAUGUGAAGCUUACAACUCAGAGGGCAGGGACACCUACCAAGGUCGCAUCAAUGUACAAGCUCAGCCCGAGUGGCUGCAGGUGAUGAGCGACUCGGAGGUGGAGAUCAGCUCAGAGCUUCUCUGGAGCUGCAUCGCUGCCGGUAAACCCCGACCCUCCAUACGCUGGCUACGCAACGGCCAGCCGCUCAGCACCCAGGACCGGGUCGAGGUGAAUGGGGCUCGUCUCAAGGUCAGUAAUCUGGCCCUGGAGGAUUCUGGGAUGUACCAGUGUGUUGCUGAGAACAAACAUGGCACCGUCUACUCCACCGCUGAGCUCAGAGUCCAAGUUCAGGCACCAGACUUCAGGUUGAACCCGGUAAGAAGGCUGAUCCCGGCAGCCCGAGGGGGGCAGGUGAUGAUGGAAUGUCGCCCUCGGGCCGCUCCCAAGCCCAGCCUGUUCUGGAGCCGUGGGACGGAGCUGCUCACCAACAGCAGCAGAGUCACCGUUACUCCAGAUGGUAUUUUGUGGAUCCAUAACAUCAGCAGGGCAGACGAAGGGAAAUACACCUGUUUUGCUGAGAACUACCUGGGCAAAGCCAACAGCACUGGACACCUGUCUGUCAGAGAUGCCACUAAGAUCACGCUGGCUCCUUCCAACGCCGACAUCAACCAAGGGGAGAACGUGACGCUGCAGUGUCACGCCUCCCACGACCCCACCAUGGACCUGACCUUCACCUGGGCCCUUAACGGGGUCCUUCUAGACCUGGAGGACUCGGCCGGACCGUACCAUCGGGUGGAGGGGAAGGAGAACAUCGGGGACCUGUUGACUGUGAACGCCAAGCUGAGUCAAGCAGGGAUGUACACGUGCACAGCUCAGACUGUGGUGGACAGCGCUUCCGCUUCAGCCAAAUUAGUGGUUCGAGGUCCCCCAGGACCUCCUGGAGGUUUGCUAAUAAAGAACGUGGCCGAGACGUCCGUGGAGCUCAGGUGGAGUCGUGGCUACGAUAACCACAGUCCCAUCGGCAAAUAUGUCAUCAUGGGCCGAUCAUCGCUGUCAUCAGAGUGGAAAAAGAUGAGGACAGACCCUGUAAACAUCGAGGGAAAUGCAGAGUCGGCUCGUGUGAUGGGACUGAUGCCGUGGAUGGAUUAUGAAUUCCAGGUCAUCGCCAGCAACAUCCUCGGCAGUGGAGAGCCCAGCAUGCCCUCUCACAUCAUCCGCACUCAGCAAGCAGCCCCCACUGUGGCCCCCAGUGGUCUUGGAGGAGGAGGAGGAGACAGUAACGAACUCAUUGUGACGUGGACGCCCAUGGCCCGAGAGUACCAGAAUGGGGAUGGCUUCGUCUACGUCCUGGCCUUCAGGAAGAAGGAUACACAAUCUUGGAUGGUAGUGCGUGUCCCUCAUGUGGAGUCGUCCAGAUACGUCUACUACAACGACAGCCUGAUGCCGUACAGUCCCUUUGAGGUGAAGAUCAAAGCUUACAACCGCCGAGGAGAAGGUCCCUUCAGCCAGAUCGCUACGGUCUACUCUGCAGAGGAGGAGCCAACAGUGGGACCGUCAAACAUCAACGCCACAGCGCUGACCGCCUUUGAGAUCCAGGUGUCCUGGGAGCCCGUCCAGCAGCUCAGCGCCAACGGCAUCCUCAGAGGAUAUGAGAUCCGUUACUGGCGGCAGCACGAGCGCGAAGCAGCGGCGGACCGCGUGCGGACAGCCGGACUGGAAACAACAGCCAGAGUGUCCGGCCUGAGGCCCAGCACCCGGUACCACGUCGCCGUCCUGGCGUACAACAGCGCCGGCACCGGGCCGCCCUCGCCACGCACCACAGUUACCACUAGGAAACCACCCCCCAAUCGUCGCCCAGGCAACGUGUCAUGGAAGGCCGACGGCUCAUUGGUGACGGUGAGGUGGGAUCACGUGAAGGCAAUGCACAAUGAGUCUGCGGUACUGGGCUACAAGGUUCUGUACAAACACGAGGGCCAGAACUCACUGAAGGUUCUUGACAAGGCCAAGACCUCCAUGAGCCUGCCACUGCCAAAAGACAACAGCUACGUCGUGCUGGAGAUCCGGUCCUGGGGAGAAGGCGGGGACGGGCCGGCACACGAGAUCAUUGUGUCCCGGGACUCAGGAACUGGAAUGAUGGUGCAGAACAAGGCCCCCUCCCCACAGCGCACCUCCCCUCUCCACCUCCUCAGCGUGCUCCUAUUCUCCCUGGUGUCGCUGGCGGGCCUGUGAUCUCAGCCAAUCCGUGGACUGUUUGUUUUCGACUAAAGGUGGUUCGGCUUGUGGUGGGUUCAGGCAGUAGCACCGCAGCGAUUGGACGGGCGAGGAAGAGGGGGUUUCGGUUUUCAUUUGUUUUUAAUAAUAAAAAUAAUGAGGGUCUUUCUUUUUUUUAAAGCCUGGAUGACUUGAGAGGUUUGGGGGAGCAGGGAACCCCCCGUCUGGUUUUUGUAUGUAUGUACCAGUGUCAUGUUAAAACAUGCCUUAGCAGAACCAUCACAUAUGUGGCUGACGCAUCUCAUUCAUGCGUCCUUCCAACCGUAGCUGGCGACACGCAGAUGUCAGUGUAAAUUAUUCAUGGUUUGAUGGCGUGCAUAGCUUGUGUACAUACAGUCUGAAGAUGAACGGUUAUCUGAGGUAAGCUCAUUAUGAAUAGUCCAUUGCCAUUAUUGACCCUGUGUCCUGCCCAUUGAAAUCCACCUGGUCAAUCAUAGCAGAGCUUAGACAGCGCCCACUAGUCCAACAAGGAUUCAUCACAGCUCCUCCUCCUAUAGCUUCUAAUUACAUUAGCAGAGCAGGUUAGCACAUGAUUUUCUAGUGUUAGUACUUCUAUGCUACGCUAGCUCUGAGUACACCUGCAGCUUUAGCUUUUUAGUGUUAUCUUCAGAGCCUCCUAUCCUUCACUUCUCACUGUGUGGGUAGGGGUUAGUAACAUUGUAGGCUCCAUGGUGGCUCUGGCAGCAGGGGGCGAGGCUUGGUAAAGGGUCCAUUGUAUAGUAACUAUUCCUCAUAUUGUGAAAAACAUGGAACUUCAUAAUGCAGCUUAGCUCGUGAAAUUCAAAUUGCACUUUUUUUAUUUUUCCAUGUGAACAUUUGUUUUUCCAGCUGAAAAGCUGCAUCACGCUGUCGAUCUUUAUAUGUUGUUUCUCACAGUGUCUCCUACUAAUGUCUUUAUGCUUGUUUGUGUUUUGUCUCGGCUGUAAUUUUGGCAAGCUAGAGAAAAUUGUCACCGGUCCACAUGAAUGUUAACAUUUUAUACUUUUUAUGUCUCAUUUUGGGGGUGGCUAAAUUCGACAGAAGAAGGGAGUCUUUCAUUAUUUGCUUACAUUUUGAUGGGCCUGAAUUGUUUUAAAUGAUUUCAACAACGAUGUGCUAUCGCUUCAGUGUUAAUUGGGUCCAUUGCAGCUGCUUUUAUGCUGGUGGGUUAAUAUGAAACUUAUGAGUUCCAGAUGAAAGAGUCGGUGGCCAAAGUUAUCAGAGUCACAAAUAUUGUCCUCCUUGUAAUCCUGCCGGCGUCUAUCAGUCAUUAUGUAACAUGUCUGGUUCACUGCGGUUUACAGGAAGGACGUGACCUCUGGUGUGCCGCUCAGUCUGUCACUCAUUUGUUCUGUCGGGGUCACGUCAGAGAUGGAGCUCAAGUGCUUACGAGUUUUCUCCUUUGUUGUUGCCUUAUUUCUUUGAUGGAGUUUCUUAUUGGACCUGUUUGAUGGCAUGUAGUACUCAAAAGGUUAAAAGCCUAGUAAAGAUUUAAUUUUACAUUGUGUAAGGGUCAGUAACAACUGAAAAACAUGGUGUAUGUUUACUUUUAAUUCAGUUCUACUAUAGCCCUUUUUUAGUUACCACUAACGCAAAUCCUAACAAUGUAUAGCGUGACAGUUCAACCUUGGCCCUCAGACAUCGUCAAAUAAUCUACAAGGCGUCAGAAUGUCUUGUAUUAACCCGUGUGACUCUACGGGUGUAGAACUGAACCAAUCCGGGCCAAGGCACCCCCCGAGGGCCUCAACUCAUACACGCAAUCAAAGAAAAUAUGUUCAAACGCAAACAAGCUUGUGAGUUAAAUUAGAAGGAACUUUUCAGCAUAUUUCCAUUAAAAAUGUUGUGUUACUUGAGGUUUCAUUUUGAUCUUUCGUAGAAAGAUAAGGAGAUAUGAUGAUAUUGAUAUUUUGUCAGUAAUAAAUCUUUUCAUUACAUGCUUUACACUUUCCAUUUACGUGAGUUUGGUUAAAAGAAACAAAUAUAUUCGGCAAUCUAGCACAUUUCCUAGAGUCAAUUUCUAUGAAUACCGUAAAACAAAAUAACCCCGAUUUUCACAAGCGUGGAUGUAAAUCACCAUCACUGUCUUCACACACCUGCUCCAUCACUGCACUCGACCAGGAGGGGAAAAUGUCUGAAUGAUGUCUGUUUAGUUUGCCUUUUAGUUUUUAUUGAAGAGCCAUGAUGUAUUUUCACCGUCUUUGUGCCCAGUCUCUGAAUGUUCUGGCAUACUUACUCAUCACUCACUUAAGGUGUUAAAAGCGAGCCUGUGUUCCCACGUGGCUGGGCUCAAUGCACUGGAUAAUGUUGCCCUUGGGCCUUUUCAUAAUCGUGAUUCAAUUGAAAUAUGAGGUAGGCGUGGGGGGGGCGGGGGGAUGCUACUUGUAAAUAUGAUUUCGAAUAAACACUUUGGGAUUGUCUUUGAGUAACGCGU